UUAUGGUCGUUCGGUAGUGGCCUGACCAUGCAUACACACAUUCAAGGGAAGACACGUGCAAUGCGGUGCAGUGGGUGAGGCGACUGACGGUGCUGAGCACCGAAUCGUCUUGGGGAGUGGUGCCCAUUGCUGUGGCCUCCAGGUGAUCGUCCUGUUCGACGUAGGCCGCCGCCACCUCCUGUGCCCUCGCGAUCGCCUCGUCCAGCUGCCGUGCCUCCCCCUCCGCCUCUCCUUGUGCAAGGAGGUCCUCGAGCGUCUCCUCCAGCCCGGCCACAUCGACUGCCUCCUCGACCUCGAGAGGCAGCCACGGCGCGAAGCGACCUGGCCCCAGUGCUAUGUCAGCUGGGGGAGUCUUGAUCGUCUGAUGGAUGAUGGCGCUGCACCUGAGGUCGAUCUUCCAGUCCAGCCGCUCCUCGUAGCCCCUCCACUGCGUGUGCACACACGGAUGGACAGACAGAAUGGAGAGAGGCACGUAUCGUAUACAGGUGGGGGUGGGGUGAAGGGUGGGAGGAUGCGUGGCGGGGAUGGUGCUCACCUCCGUCUGCUCGGCCUCGUUCUGACACAAACACACACAGGUGCACAGCACACAGAAACACAGAAGAUCGACAGAUACUGUAAUGGCGGCACGAUGGAGCAUCUGGGUGCCCCAACCCCUUUACUCUACCACGCGUCUCGACACAGUGGCCCACUGCUGGCGCUCCGCGAAGUCGUCGACCUGGUCGUCCUAGGCCGCAGUGAUACGCUGCCACUGCGGAGAGCCGCCCUUGUCGGGUGGCACACCUGCAAGCCCACACAAAACAGCACACGACGUGCAAGCCACCAUGUGGCACUGAUGUGUUCAUCUUACGAUCGACAGGUGCUUGAAUCGGCGCCGCACGAGGGCCAGAGAUGCGUCUGGCUUCAGCCCCAACGCCUCGUGCAUGUCUGCCUGCAUCCUGGUGCGCCGCAUGCGCCUCAUGAGGCGGAGUUGCGGGAACACCUCAUACAGCAGGGGUGUCGGCAGAGAGAGGGUGAGGUCAACGGGCAGCAGAAAGAGGACGUGUCCGAGAAGAUGGACCCGCUGCAUCGGCGACAGACCCACACACACACACGUGUGGACUCCCUCAGUCCCUCUCUCUCUCUCUCUCUCUGUCUGUGUGUGUGUGUGUGUGUGUCGUGUCUCUUUGCCUCUUUGAAGAAUUUGGCGUCUUUCUUGAACAGUCCGGAGUUGUCCUUCAUGGCUGAUACGGCGAGAAUGCCGCUGCUGCACACACCAGAUCGGACCUGAAAAACACCGGCCGAUGGACACAGACACACACACACACACUCCCUCUGUGGUAUCCAUGCGCACCUUGCCGAUAUCAGGGCGGUCGAGGGCGCGUCCAUCCUCACUGUCCGACUGCUCAGCCCUCGAGCCAGUCCCCCUACACCAAGGGAAGCUAAGGAAGCAUCGCUGACACACAGAAGUGACAGAACAACAUGCAUACACUUGUAUCAAUAUUGGUUUUGGUCUGUUUCAUCGAGUCGUACGCGUAUCGACGGCAGGCACCCGCCCCGUGAGACACCAUACUCUUCCUCCGCCUGAUCCUCCCUGCACACCUCAUCCAUCGCACCACGAAUGCUCGGCUGCUCGCCAAUCGAGAGGGACAGAGAAACCACACAGACGCCGCAUGAGCCGACACAAACACAUACACACACACACACACACAGGGUGGUCACUCACCUGUGUGUGUAGUGAUUUGGCUCCUGCGAUGAGUGGGCCGGCUACAGCUACGUGACCAUCAGAGGCACCCUCGCGAAAGCCCGACAACUCCACGGCCAUGGUCUUGCGUGUCAUGGGAGAGAGAGCGCCGCUCAGAGCGGGUGAGCUGGUGCUGGUGUCUGGGUGUGGAUGAGGCUGCUGGGGUGGGUCGAGAGGGGGACAGUAGGACGUGACCAGCCCUUUUGGCAGCGGGGGCCGUCCUCUCAACAGCAUCUGUGUGCAUGUCUUCUCCACUCCACCCAUUCCUAAACACAAGGAGCCCUGAGUGAGCCCAUGGAAAACAAGAACACACGUGGCAGAUUCUGGGAGGUAUUGGUUACUCUUACUAUGCUCUUAUCACGGCGUUGUUUGGGCGUUGCGAAGGCCUUGCUAAACUCCAGAGGGUCACCCUGUGCAAAGACGACAGACAGCAGAGUCCACUGAUGUGCGCGAGCACUGCAGCUUAGCCAUCACAUGAAGUGCAUACCAGCCAGUCACAUGCGACUCUGGUGGCGGUGAGCUGGAGAAGGGAAGUGAUGUUGAGGUAGUCCGCCGCCUGCAAUACGUGCAGGACACCAAACAUGUAUGAUCUUUGUGCUCUCUCCGUCGGCGUGCGUCCAUAUUUGUGUGGCCUCCCGCACGUAAGUACCUCCAUCAUGUCCAAGAGUGUCUGCCGGUCCAUGAGCGUGAUGAAGAUGCCAUCCCAUCUGUCCGACACAGCCUUACAAACAACACCACACAACGAAUGAGCCAGGCCACUCCAUAGGCUCAUCCUCAUCCCUCUGACUUUCUGGACUCGGUGCGACUGGACAGCUUUGGGCAUUGCACUGGAAGGCUCCCGCGUGUCGUUGCUGUGGUGCUCACAAUACGCAAACACCCACGACAGAACAU